ACUGUAUUUCUAAAGGCAGUGAGCACUGCGGUUCAUUCAAGGUGUGACAUGUGUAUUUAAGCAGUGUUGUUUUGCAAGACAGUUAUCGAAAUCACGGCUAAAUUUUCCUAAAUCAAUUUAACACUCGAUACUUUACACAAAGAUCUAGUACUACAACGAAGAAUGGAGAACAAAAUUUCUCAAUUUCAAGUGAUUAACAAGGUGGAUCAUUUCGAAGCAAAGUAUAUCACAUGUGCGGAUUGCAAAAUGUGGUUGACACCAACAGUCUACAUUCGCCAGGAUGGUUCGUAUUGUUGCAGUCACUGUUUGCCAAAAGAAAAGAAGACUUCAACACGUGAUAAGUUUCUGGAAACAAUGUUGACGAAGUGGAAGUACCCAUGCAUGUAUGAAGAUUGUGAUUAUGUGAAGAAUUUAACUGGCAUUCAUAAACAUAUGAAUGCUGCACCUGUGCACAAAACAAUUAAAUGUCCAUUUUGCUCAACGGAUAAUUUGGCUGAGUUGACAAUUGUUGAGCAUUUACUAGAGUAUCACGAAUCUGUGGUCUCAAAAAUAACAAUUGAAGAACCAUUAGCUGAACUAAAUUUUACACCGCCGCUUCUCGGCGAGCAAGUAAACGUAAUUUCUUACAAAGGCAAUACGUUUGUUGUUCUUGCAAGAAAUUUUGCGUUUGCAAUUGGCAAGCAAUCAGUAGAUGCCGACUUUAAGAGUACUUGUGAUAAGUUCAUGAUUCAGUAUCAAUUUGAAGAGUUUGAGUCACGGAUUAGAGGAUAUACUGUACGUCUACAAGAAUUAUUCAGUGAUAAUAUGCAUUUAUUAUGUAUGCCACAACCGUUGCUAGAGAAUGAUUCUACGUUGAAAUUGAAUGUAUUUUUCAAUGACUACGAAGAAUAUCGAAUUGUGAUGCGCGAAUGUGACAUUUGCAUGAAUAAAUUCACAAACGAAGUGUACUUCUGCCAGAACUAUCAUGGCGUUUGCAAAUCGUGUAUUUCAAAGAUUUACAAAUGCGCUAAUUGUGGUACGCCGGUCAACAGAACGAUGAUCGAUCUUAAAAGGCAUUUGUCACAGGUGCCAUUUCCGUGUCCAAACAGUACUUCUGAUGCUGAUGGUGGAUGCAUCGCAUUGGUCCGCCUUGCUGAUUUGGACCCACAUCUAGCAAGAUGUCUUCAUGCUAAAAUAAAAUGCAUCUGUUGCAAAACAGACGUUGCAAGGUACAAUAUUGCGAAACAUAUUGAAGAGAAGUUUGUCCUGUAUCGGAACUUUCACGUGUUUCAUGCGAAAGUCGUUGAUGGAAUAGUAACACCCUUCUGCUCAUACAUAAGAUACCAACAAAAACUAUUGUAUUUUGUCGUAUCAACGAAUGUCAAUGCUACGACGAAAAGUAGAGCUUUAGAAAAGAAGCAAAGUGUGUUUUUUUAUGUUCAGUUACUCUAUGAUGAUUUAAACGUCCAUCAGAACUAUCGCUACGAGGUUGAUCUUUUAGAAGAAGGUGGAAAACUUUUACAUUCUGUUGGAAAUCUGUGUCAGCAGAUGGAAAAUACAGACACGAGCACAAGCAUUAAUUGGAACUUUUGUAAAAAUGCAUUGCAUAUGCGUUACGCUGAAGAUGGAGCUAAAAAUGAAGAAAAUGGCGAAGAAGUAGUCAAAUUUCGACUUUGCAUUUACGACGUUUCCAAAAUGUGUAAAUAAUGGAAUUCAUGAAUAACUUUUAAACAUUUAAUUAUUUUCUUGGUAGUUCUAUUAGUUCAGUUACUUAAAUUUAAUUCAUACAUCCGCCAUUCUAACAUCGAGAUUGAAACCACAAUUUGUUUCUGGUGUAUCUUCACAGAUGUAAUACAGUUUAUUAUCGCAUCCCCAGUCGUUCCAUGUAAACACACCAUCAGUAUUCCAUAGGUUUAUACAGUUUUCUCUUCCUCCCGCAUUGUCUGGUUGUGGAUGGCUCCAUUUUGAAAAGGUAAUCGGUUUACCUGUACUCAUCCAAAAAAAGUUUCCUUCUUCACCUUGAUCCGUGCCCGAAGUCCACAACCAUUCAUUUGUAACGCCUACAAAUUACAAACAUUUUGUAAACAACUUCCACAAACAAAAUACAAAUAAUAUAGGUACAUAAUAUCGUAAUACAUACUUCGUAGUCAUUAAUUUUGGAUUGUACAUACCAGUUUUAUUAAUUACGUCGUCAAUGGCAGUUUGUUCUUCACUACAUGUGAUCGUAGCCAGUUGUAGAUUGCGUGUUAAACAAUCUUGAAAUGCUGCAUGCCAGUUGAGCUAAAAUAUUGUUAAUUGUAAUGAUUAUAAAGUGAAUAAAUUAAUAUGAACAUUA